ACACUUUACCAUCCAUACAUACAUACAUACAUACUCUCCUCUGUGUCUUUCCUUUUCUUGGACUGCCUGCUGACACCAUUAAACCUUUGAGUUCACUUCCAGUUUUAUAUCCUCACCACCACCAUCACCAUCACCAUCACCAUUACCACUUCAAUAUGGGAAACUACCAUGUCAUUCACAUGUGAUUUAUAUAUAACAAUCAAUUUUGGUGUUUUCUUGGUUCAAACCAACUCUUUCCUUACUUUCUCUUUCAUUUCAUACCACAACCCCCCAAAACCACCUGCUUCUUCUAAUUUCUAGCUCCUUCCCAUGGACCUUCAACCUGUUUUCUGCUGUUUGGCUUUCUUUACCACAUGGGUUUCUUCUGCAACUGCUUUGCUUUCUCCCAAAGGUGUCAACUUUGAAGUGCAAGCUUUGAUGAACAUCAAGAAUGGUUUAGAGGAUCCACACAGUGUCUUAAACUGGGAUGGAGAUGCUGUUGAUCCUUGUAGCUGGACUAUGGUCACUUGUUCUUCUGAUAAACUUGUUAUUGGCCUAGGAAGUCCAAGCCAAAGUCUUUCGGGUUUUCUUUCGCCCAGUAUCGGUAACUUGACGAACCUCCAAACAGUGUUGCUACAGAACAAUAGAAUCUUAGGUCCACUUCCAUUUGAGGUUGGGAGGUUACCUAAGCUUCAAACACUUGAUCUUUCUAAUAACAUGUUUACCGGAGAAAUCCCACCUUCACUAGCCAAUCUCAAGCAUCUCCAGUAUCUGCGGCUAAAUAAUAACAGUCUCACUGGACCAAUUCCUCAGGCAUUGGCUAACAUGACCCAGCUCACGUUUCUGGAUUUGUCCUUUAAUAAUUUAAGUGGUCCUGUUCCAAAGUUUCAAGCUAAAACAUUCAAUAUUAUGGGAAAUCCAAUUAUAUGUGCGACCGGGAUAGAGCAAGAUUGCAACGGAACAACACUCAUGCCAAUGUCACUCCCUCUCGGUACUCAACAAAAGUCACAACCAUCGGUCACGCCCAAAACUCACAAGAUGGCUUUAGCCUUCGGGACAAGCCUUGGGUGCUUCUGCUUGCUGUUUUUCGGAUUUGGAUUUGUUUUCUGGUGGCGAAGACGACACAACCAGCAAGUUUUCUUCGAUAUCAACGAACAAUAUAGAGAAGAAGUGUGUCUGGGGAACUUGAGGAGAUUCCAGUUUCGGGAACUUCAGGUCGCAACAAACAACUUCACGAGCAAAAACAUAGUCGGAAAGGGCGGUUUUGGGAUCGUGUACAAAGGGUUUCUCUCGGAUGGAACGGUUGUAGCCGUUAAGCGGCUCAAAGAUGGAAACGCGGUUGGUGGAGAGAUCCAGUUCCAGACUGAAGUCGAGAUGAUCAGCCUAGCCGUUCACCGAAAUCUUCUUAGACUCUAUGGUUUCUGUAUGACGACAUCGGAGCGCCUUUUGGUAUACCCCUAUAUGUCCAAUGGCAGUGUUGCUUCUCGUCUUAAAGAUAAACCGGCGCUAGAUUGGGGUACGAGGAAGAGAAUUGCAUUAGGAGCUGCAAGGGGCUUGUUAUAUUUGCACGAGCAGUGUGACCCGAAAAUAAUCCAUCGAGACGUGAAGGCUGCAAAUAUACUGCUCGAUGAUUACUACGAGGCCGUGGUGGGUGAUUUCGGGCUCGCAAAGCUUUUAGACCACCAUGAUUCACAUGUUACGACAGCUGUCCGAGGAACUGUAGGACAUAUCGCCCCCGAGUAUCUCUCCACCGGCCAGUCAUCGGAAAAAACCGAUGUUUUUGGUUUCGGGAUUCUUUUGCUAGAACUGAUCACUGGCCAGAGAGCUCUAGAAUUCGGCAAAUCUGCAAACCAGAAAGGUGCGAUGCUCGAUUGGGUUAAGAAAAUUCAUCAUGAAAAUAAACUCGAUAUGUUGGUAGAUAAGGACCUGAAAACUAGCUACGAUAGAAUCGAGCUGGAGGAGAUGGUUCAAGUGGCGUUGCUGUGCACACAGUAUCAACCGAUCCAACGGCCGAAGAUGUCUGAAGUGGCUCGGAUGCUGGAAGGUGACGGGCUAGCCGAGAAAUGGGAAGCAUCUCAGAGAGCCGAAUCUAAUAGAGGACGAGCCAAUGAGUUCUCGUCUUCUGAGCGAUAUUCGGAUCUGACUGAUGACUCCUCGUUGCUUGCCCAGGCAAUGGAGCUAUCGGGACCCCGGUGAUACAGACACCGAGAUGACAAAUAAAACAACGGAUUUCUGAUUGAACAGAAACCUAAUUACAGUUCAUAACUGCUUGUUUAUUUUAUAUGGUUUUGGAGUGGAAGAAAAUUUAUGAGUGUUGAUCUUGUAAGAGGAAUGUUGUAUAAAUUUUUGCUGUUCAUAUCAGAGAAUGGUUUUCUUCUGAAAA